UACAGCCUGAUGACGUAUUAGUCCUGAUUUAGACAAAUUAUUUUGUGAAGCAUGUAGGCUUCCCAACAUCUCCUGAAUGGCGUAAGACUUACUGACAUACCAUAUUAGCAUAGACUCAAGUCCAGCUAGUUUGUAACCAUAGAUGAUUUGUAUAGGCGAACUAAUCCGAUUGCCUCAGUUAAUAGGUCCUGUUUGCGAGCUCGUGAGAGGGAGGGGAAGGGUCCUUCGCUGAUUCUAUGAAGCUUACUUACAACUUGAACUUGUUUUCGUCUUCGUUACUCCCAUGUGAAUUUAAAACUAAUUUAUUGCUGGAAGAUGACGGACUCUGUUGCUUUAGAGUCUAACACCAACCCAAACUCCACGACAGGUUCCUCAACAGUGCUGAACGGACGGACUUCUCCCCUGGGUCGGAACCUGCCCAGAUCGGCAUCGGGAAACAUGGAUGGAGACCACGGGAUGAAAGUGGUAGAGAGCGCAGAAGGUCAAGAUUUACUGGAGAGCAGCCUGAGACUGAAACCUUAUGAAGCUCAGAAGUAUCGCAAGAGGGCAUUAUGGGUGUCAUGGAUUUCCAUCAUAAUUACCCUAAUCCUGGCUGUUGCUGCCUUCACUGUUUCUGCUAUGAAAAACAGUGUGUCAGCCUUUGGGUUUGGGUUUGAUGCUACAUUGGAUGUGCUUUCCUCAAUUAUUGUGUUGUGGCGCUAUAAUAACCCAGCAGCUGUACACUCAGCCUACAAGGAAUACAUAGCAUGUUUGAUAUUGGGAGUUGUGUUCAUCCUGUCUUCUCUAUGCAUUGUGGGAAAGGCUGUCCAUGACCUGGCAACCAAGGUCUUGCCUGAGGUGGAUGACUUUCUUUUUAUUGUGUCCGUUGUGAGUGGGGUGCUGUGCCUCAUCCUGGCUGUGCUGAAGUUUCUGCUGGGGAAGGCUCUAACAAGCAGAGCACUCAUCACUGAUGGAUUUAACUCCUUUGUCGGGGGGAUCAUGGGAUUUUCCAUACUCAUCAGUGCUGAGGUCUUCAGAUACUAUGACAGCGUCUGGUUCCUGGAUGGCACUAUUGGAAUCCUCAUAGGACUCAUCAUCCUCGCCUAUGGAAUCAAGCUGCUGAUUGAUAUGAUUCCCAAGAUUAGGCAAACGGGGGGCUAUGAGCCGUUCGAGUGAAACAGUGCCUGAGAGGCAGCUGAAGAGUUAUGGCCUUGCUUUCGUGCCAUCCAUUUUUCAUCUUUUUUGGCCACACUAACUAUCUCUAUUCAGCUCCCUCUCUCCCCCUAUCUCUCAUUUGAUACAACAGAGAUUUUGUCUUUAAACCCGGAAGGGAGGAGAUAAAAUGAGAGUCAGCAGUGGCACUAAAACCAACAAAAUCUGCUGAUACUUUUUCUACCAUUCAGUCAGUAGUACCUUUUGGGCAUGUCAUCAGAUAGUGGUUACAAAACCUGUUCAGUCUUUCUGAGGAAUAUUUAUAGUGGUUGUGUUGACCUUGAUCUAUGUUUGUGCGUAAAUAGGUGUCAAAGUGCCCCAGAACACGUUUUGCCAUUCGUUGCCAACAGCCCUUAAUCGUCGGUUCUCUGCAUUUCUUCUUGAGUAUCAUUUUUAAGGAAAACAUAUUUCCACUGGUUGUACUGAUGUAUUGAGUUGGCACAAAUGUUGUUGAUACUACUGAGAUACACAUGAGGGAAGUGUAAAAUGUGUUUUUUUUUGCAGGCUUUUUUUAUGAUGUUAAAGCACCUGUUGACAGAUGUCAUGGAGCUCAUAAUUAUAAAAUAUUUAUUGAGAGGCUUAAAUCAAUAGUCAGUAGUCAUGCUUAUCUGUGUUCCAUCAAUUUCAGGUCAAGAAGAAUGUUUACCAAAGGCUGAAUCAGUUUGUACAUAUAUAUAACACAAGUUGUACACACAGGACUGUACAGCUUGAUUUUAUUAUCUUUUUUCUUGGCACUCGAGUCAUGACUUGGCAUGAACUGUUGAACCAUCAAAGCCUCCUUUUGGAGUAGAACAGGGUUUGCAUCUUUGGACACAUCUGUGUAGACAUUACUGUAAUAAACGCUACUGUCAGAACCAAGACAUAUUUAUACCUUUUCACAGUGAAAGGUAUUCACUGUACAUGUGACUCUACAAACAUUCCAAUGCAUCAUACGUCAUUGUGAUUACUGUAAUCAAGUGAGCCUAAAUAUUUUGGCUUAUGAGUCGUAUGGAAACCAAAAACAUGGCCUUUUCACCAGAUGCAUGUUUGUGUUUACAGGCCAAGACAGUAUUUUUGUGAGUUCAGUUCAGUUGUUUUUGAGUAUUUAAAAUAAGUCAAGAAUUAUCAGUGCAAAGUGUUUUUUUUACUCAAUGUAUUAGUAAAAUGCAUCAUGAUAUUUAUGUAAUGUACUGUGUGUUACAUAGUUAUGUCACUUGACUUCACAUCCAAAAGGCAUUUAUGAAGAAAAUCUAUAAAUGCUAGAUAGAAUGGAUAGAUAUAUACAUUUGUUGUGUGUUUGCUAGUUUAUCCCAUCAUGUUACAUGACUAUAUGUAAAUACACCCAUGUGUACAUUACACAUGCAAAGUUUACAAAUGUCAAAUGCUUUGACAUAAUUUGAAGGUUUGGAUGAAAAUAUUUUGCUAUGAAAUGCACAAUGUGAACAGUACAAAAUGUGUAUGAAGAAUGAAAUCAUAAAAAUCAAA